AAAAUGGUGAAAACAAAGUGGGUGUACUACUUCAAUAAAGAGGAGCUUGUGACCUAUACGACGGAGUUCGGCCUUGACAAUUCGGGGACCGUCGAGGAGCUGCGUAAACGCCUCUCUACAUUUGUACAAGAGGAAGGGGAGACUGAGAACCAUCGCGAUCGGGUCACUGAUUUAGCGCUUAAGCAUACGAGGUCUACAAGCGCGGGGAACGCACCAACACCGAAGAGACCCGAAGUGCUACUACUACCGCCUACACAACAACCCAUCAACGACGACAGCACAAGAGGAACGCCGAACGUGUCCAUGUAUCCAGUAUACGUCGACUCACAACGAUCAGCCCCAACUAUCAUGGACCGCGUACGCAAAUGGGGCGUCAAAUACGAUGGCGGCAAGGACCCGCUGGGUUUCAUCGAACGCGUCGAAGAAUUAGCCGACGGGUACGAGAUAGAAAGAGACGCACUUCCACGAGCAUUACCCGAGUUAUUUAAGGAUAGAGCCCUCGUCUGGUUACGAAACAAUCACGGCCACUGGAGAGACUGGGAGACGUGUAAGCGAGAUUUCCUGAAGUUCUUCCUGAAUUCCCGGUAUUUCGAAAGACUCGAUGAUGAGAUACGGCAGCGUGUUCAACGGCCCAGAGAGGCAUUUAAGGACUAUGUACUAGCGCUACAAGGGCUAAUGCGUCAUUCCGACUAUACGGAGGCACAAAAGCUGCGGCGCAUCUAUAAGAACUGCCGAAGCGAAUGCCAGCUGUACAUUAAACAAACCGAGUUCAACACUCUUGGAGAGUUGGUAAGUCUGGCAGAAGACUACGAGAAUAUUGUAGCAGAGAAGGAGUCGCAACGAGCAUUGCCCCGCGCAAUAACCCCGAGACGAAAUGAAGAGCGCAACUACACUAUCCGAGAGGAGUAG